UAACAGUUAGUCACUGCCCUAGAAGUCUCCGCGAACCUUCCCUCCAUAUCUGCCCCCUCCCUUUAACUCUCUUCUCUUUCAAACCUCUCUCAUCACAACUCCCUUAUCGAAGACAUCACAGGCUCCAACUCUUCUCUCAAACUCUGUGCCUUGGUUUUUAUACUGCACGGGAUGGACAAGUUAGCUUGCAGUUGCGAAAAAUGGAGAUGAUCUAAUACGGAGCUUUUAUCAUAAUACAUCUCCAGGGAUUGACAUUCAUCAGUCUCUGGAUGAUGUACUGGUAGCAAUUGGUGUAUCAAGACUCUCCAAAUUAUUGUUAGUAUCUCAGAGAUUGAUAAUCUAUUUUGGACACUGUAUCAUAUGUAAGCUGAAGUGAUGAAUUCCCCGCAAGAGAAGUUUGUGAGGUUUCAGGACUGGAAAUCAGAGAAAAGUACUGAGGAGCAAUUCUCUACAAAAGAUGUGGUACAUUCGGGGAAUAUUAGAACAACAAUAAACUCAGUUACUGAUAAGUUUCGAAGAGGCUUGGAAUGUGCUUCUGAAAGGAUUAGAAGCUUAAAAAGAUCACUGGAAUCCCGUUCUUUAAGUAGUAUUGCAGUCAAAGACUUGGGUUCAAGGAAGAAAAUCCUUGACCCACAAGGGCCAUUUCUUCAGAAGUGGAAUAAGAUCUUUGUAUUGUCGUGUGUUCUUGCUCUUUCUCUCGAUCCUUUGUUCUUUUACAUUCCUAUGAUCAAUGAUGAUGAGAAAUGCCUUUUGUUGGACAAAAAGUUGGAGAAAACGGCUAUCGUGUUGCGGUUCUUUACUGAUAUCUUUUAUAUUAUUCAUAUUAUCUUUCAAUUCCGAACUGGUUUUAUUGCUCCCUAUUCUAGAGUAUUUGGAAGAGGUGUUUUGGUUAAAGAUGCUUGGGCAAUAGCAAGGAGAUAUUUGUCCUCGUACUUCUUAAUUGACAUUCUGGCAGUUCUUCCUCUGCCACAGGUGGUUAUUUUGUUUAUCAUUCCGCACAUGAGAGGGUCAGCAUCUUUGAAUACAAAGAACUUAUUGAAGCUUGUUGUUUGCUUCCAAUAUAUACCAAGGGUUCUUCGGGUUCGUCCAUUGUACAAAGAAGUCACAAGAACUUCUGGGAUACUCACUGAAACUGCAUGGGCUGGAGCUGCAUUUAAUCUCUUUCUUUACAUGCUUGCUAGUCAUGUCCUUGGAGCCUUGUGGUACUUGUUUUCUAUAGAACGAGAAACAACGUGCUGGAAACAAGCAUGUGACAAGGCUGGAACAUGUGCCAAUUUUUCAGUGUAUUGUGGACAAAAUGCAGGAUUUGGCCUUCUGAAUACUUCCUGCCCCAUACAGACACCAAAUACUGCACUUUUUGAUUUUGGAAUUUUUCUCAGUGCACUUCAGUCUGGUAUUGUUGGAUCAACAGAUUUUCCACAGAAGUUCUUUUACUGCUUUUGGUGGGGCUUGCAAAAUCUGAGUUCUCUUGGUCAAAACCUCAAAACAAGCACCUUUGUCUGGGAAAUUUGCUUUGCAGUUUUCAUUUCCAUCUCUGGCUUGGUGUUAUUUUCAUUUCUCAUCGGAAAUAUGCAGACAUAUCUGCAGUCCACAACAAAAAGAUUGGAGGAGAUGAGAGUCAAAAGGCGAGAUGCAGAACAGUGGAUGUCCCACCGUUUGCUUCCUGAGAGUCUGAGGGAGCGAAUUAGGCGGUAUGAGCAGUACAAAUGGCAGGAAACUAGAGGUGUUGAUGAAGAGUAUCUGAUCUAUAAUCUUCCAAAGGACCUUAGGAGGGACAUUAAGCGCCAUCUCUGUUUGGCUCUGCUCAUGAGAGUGCCAAUGUUCGAAAAAAUGGAUGAACAACUGUUGGAUGCAAUGUGUGACCGUCUAAAACCGGUUCUCUACACAGAAGGCAGCUACAUUGUGCGAGAGGGGGACCCAGUUGACGAGAUGCUCUUUAUAAUGAGAGGAAAGUUAACUACCAUAACUACCAAUGGCGGAAGAACCGGCUUCUUGAAUUCUGAUUAUCUCAAAGCUGGUGACUUCUGUGGAGAAGAGCUACUUACUUGGGCUCUAGACCCCCAUUCUGUAUCUAACCUACCAAUCUCAACCCGAACUGUCCAAGCUCUCUCGGAAGUUGAAGCAUUUGCCCUAAUUUCGGACGAUUUGAAAUUCGUCGCUUCUCAAUUCAGGCGACUACACAGCAAGCAGCUCCGCCAUACUUUUAGGUUUUACUCGCAGCAAUGGAGGACUUGGGCAGCUUGUUUCAUACAAGCAGCGUGGCGUCGUUAUGGAAGAAAGAAGCUUGAAGAGUCUCUUUGUGAAGAGGAAAAUAGAUUGCAAGAUGCGUUGGCCACGGAUGGUGGGAGUUCACCGAGUUUGGGUGCUACCAUCUACGCUUCUCGGUUUGCCGCUAAUGCUCUCCGUGCUUUGCGGCGCAAUGGGACCCGGAGAACAAGGUUGCCCGAGAGAAUACCUCCGAUCAUGCUUCAGAAGCCGGCUGAGCCUGAUUUCACUGCUGACGAAUGAUUAGUGCUGUUAAUUUCUCUACUGUUUUGUCGGUCUAGGUUGUGCAAAAUGUGAUAUUGGAAGCACACAUUGAUUAAAUUGUUGGAGUUUCCUCGGGUGUAUCAUGUAUGUGUAUAUAUAUACAUAUGUAGUGUUGUAUUGUGUAUGUGAAUUUCCUCUUGUUUUUCUAGUGAUAAUUGAGUUUCCUCUACCAUGGGAUUUUGCUAAA